AUGUUUGAUCGGUUAAGCUCAUUUAAGAAUGGUAAUCAAGAAACUACAACUCAAACCUCAAAUAUUAAUGAUGAAAUUGAAUUAAAUAUAUCUAGAUAUGAUGCCAUAGAAUAUUUCCAAACUUUAAGUAUUGAAGAAUUGAAUGAAAAUUUCGAAAUUCAUUGUGUGCCAUUUAAAGGUUUUUUCAAAAAAGGUGGAAUUGUUCGUUGUGAAUCCAAAAAAUUUUGUUCAUUACUUUUAAAUGAUGGAAUUUCACCAAUUUUCAAAGCUGAUCAAAUUUUUGAUAUAGUUUGCUUUAAUCCCUUUGGGUAUGAAAGAUGUGCUCUUGAAUUCAGAGCUAAAUAUCAAUCAAACUGGUCUGAAAGAGAAAUUAAAUUCAUGAAGACGAUAGGUCAUUAUUUUAAUAUCAUUAUUAUGAAAAAAAAAAAUACAACAUUAGAUGAUGUUAUAUCUGACUUAAAGUUGAAAGUUAACCACGCAAUGGAUCAAAGAAUAAUAUUUCCUAAUGAUCAUCGUGACCAAGAACCUUUGUAUUUCAUGUACAAUGUCUCGGGAAUGAAUUUUUAUCGAAAUUUCGAAAGUCUUUCUAAAAUCAUUCAUAUGAUUGAUUUAUAUAAACCCAGAAUUGAAAGUCAUCCAUGGGAAAGUUUUACAUUGAUAAAAGUUGUACCUAAAUUAUAUCAUCAUUAUGAUGUUGAUGUUGAUGGGAAUGAAUCAAAUUCAAAUUUUUAUUUACAAUAUCAUGAAUUGGAUUAUAACAAACCAAAUGAAAUAUUUUUUUUCAUUAAUUCAACUGAUGAAAUUCAUGACACUCAUUACAAAAAAAUUAUCAAACCAAUUGAUUCAACUAAUUCAUUGCAUGAUGUUUAUUAUGAAUUAAAAUCUUGUAAAGAAAUGUUGAUUCAAAUUUUGGAAGAGGGUUUCCAAAAUUGGUUUUUCUAUCUACAAGAGUUGUUGAUAAAUAAACACCUGAAUAUAGAGGAAAAUAUUGAGAGAAGACCAUCAUAUGUUGAAUUAUCUUCUGAAAUUCAUUCAGAUUCAAAUAUAUCUGAAUUUAUUCAAGUUGGAUAUAGAUUAGAUUUAUCAAAUGAUUGUACGUCACCAGAUUCAUUACCAAGUUAUGAUGAGAUUUCAUGA